AGAAAAAGAAGUGAAGUAAUAUCGAGUGCUGCUAAUUUUCUGUGUAACUAUUUAUAUAUUUAUCUUUACUUUAUUAUAAACAAAUUCCUCGAAUUUAAAAUUUUUAAUACGUACGAAGCAUAAAAACGACUCAAUUAAAUGUUUCUAUCACCUCUGAAAUGCUAUUUCUUAGUUUUUAGCUUCUGAUGAUAUGCUUAAAUGACGAUACAAAAAUAAUUUAAAUGGCAACGUUUUCCUAAAGUCUUUUAUUCAACUCUUAAAUUUUCCAAGAUGUCAAAUAUUGCUGCUCGAAAUGUUCUGAUUUGUAUUGUUCCUGCUGUCAUUGUUCUCUUUUCUGUGUACUGGUUUCGUAAAAAGAAAAAACUGAAGCAAGACUCUUUUCAUGUCUUGGAUCCUCAAGAAGAGCAAGAUAUUAUUUUAGAUUCACAAAGCAGUAUCUUAGACUCUUCAGCUGAAUGCAGCUCAGAUUUUGCUAAUACACUUUCAGAUGCUAGUACUAUUACAUCUCCUGAAAACUCCAUCAGAACUCCUUGUAAUUCUUUACCUGAAACUAAACUCAAAGAUGCCUUCAUUAAAAGUCCUAGCAUCUCAUCAAAUAAUGUUCAUCAUUUUAAUCAUAUAUAUGACUCAUUUGCAUUUUCUGAUGAUUUGAACAGUUCAGCAGGAAAGAAAAAAGAUGCAGCAAAGCAACCUAAUUUUUUUGAUGAAACCCAUAAGCAUGAAAAUAAUGCUGAUACCAUUUCACCAAAUAUUACUGCCAAUUCACAAGUAAAAGUUGAUUUAAUUGAGACAUCACAGACAACAGAAGAUCAAAACCUUUUAAAAAAUAGUUUUGAUCAUUUGACAUUUAAAGGAAAUGAUCCUGUUAAAAAUCAGGUAACUGUUUGCUGCAAUGAUGCUGAUGGAAAGAAGCAGUGUGUUGAUCAAAGUAAUCAUAGUAGUGUUCUUGAAUCUUGCACAGAAAAGAAUGAGAAUAAGGAUCAUCACACUGAUACUGUCAUUGUAGAUUCAAAUGGCUUUUUAUCAGAUUCACAAGAAUCUAGCCCAGUUGCGCGAUUUUUGGCAGAGGUGGAAAGUAAUUCUAGUGUUUUUGAUGAUAACAGUUUUAGUGGCUUUAGUGACGAUUCUGAAAAUAACAUUUUAAAAGCCAAAGAUAGUCCUUCAAGUGUUCUUGAUGAGAAUAGCAUUGUAAGUAGCACAUAUGGUGACCUUGAGAAAAUAGAUUUUAAUGAAGAUCUCUCACUGUUGAAAAAUCGAUUAGAUGAUUUGCUUGCUGUAAACAAUGUUUCAGAAAGUGAUUCAAAUGUAAAAGAUGUUAUCGAAUUUAUUUCAAAAGAAACUGAAGAGCCUUCUGAUUCAUCCCAAAGUGUCUCGAGUCAAAAUAUUAGUUCGAAUUCAUCCUUAAGUGUAUCAGCUUUAGAUAAUAGUGGUUUCCCUUCUAAUAUUUUGCAGGAUUGUGUUACAGAAAAAAGUGAUUUGUUACAAACGGAAAGGAAUGAACCUUCACAAUGUUCAAUUGAUAAUGUACCUGUUGCAGGUACGGUUCAAAUUGACCAAAGCAAUCCUGUAUCUGUGCAACUUUGUGAAAAUGAAUUACUUAUUAAUUCUGACAGUCUUAAUCAGCAAAAUGUUUCUGAUCUAUCUUUGCAGCUUAAUGAAAGUGAUAAAUCGUGUGUUAGUAACUUUGAUAAUAAUAGUAACCAAAGUGAAAAAGCUGGGCUAAUUCAGUCCAAAGAAAAUUUUAUUUCAUGUGAUAAUAUAUCCAGUGACAAUUCCCCAUCCAUUUCAAACCUAAAUUCAGAAAAUGUAGUGACAUCUGUUGUUACUGAAACUAGUGUAGAUAAUUGUACUUAUAGUCCUAAAACUGAUAAUUCUUGUACAAAGCGAGAUAGUUCUUGCACCAUAAAUAAUUCCCUAUGUACAGAAGAGCCACAAAUACUUUCAAUGAACAUUGAAAAGCACAUGAAAUCAAAUUUUGUGUCUUGUAAUGUGCAAUCAGAAGUUCCUUUUUCAAGUUCAAAUUUCAAAGCUCAAGAUAGUCAUGAGCCCUUCUUGAAUCAGCAGAAAUUAGAACCUUCUGAAGGCAUUAGUUUGAAAUUAGCUAGCAAUUCACCUGGUCCAUAUGUAUAUGAAUUUGAUUUACCUCAAGAACUAUGUGGUCGCUUGAUCGGAAGACAGGGCAAGCACGUGAAAAGUAUAAAAGAGAGGACCAAUUCAAAUGUGUUUAUCAAAAGACAUCCUUAUGAUCCACAAUUAAAAACAGUUGUGGUAGAAGGUAACAAAUCUGAUGUUCUCGAAGCACUAGAGAUCAUUCGAAGAAAGUAUCCGCCUUCACAAUUUCCGGGUGUUACAUUAGUACAAACUAAUUUGGUCAACAGCCAUACUGGUGUACCUAUUCCAGAAUCAUUGCAGCUCCAUCUUCCAGAAGGUGCCUCAUGUGAUGUCAUUCUGUCCAGCCUUGUGUCUGCUGGCCAUUUCUUUUUACAGCAGCCUACUCAUCCAACGUAUCCUUCCCUUAGCACUUUGGAUCAGUGCAUGAUCAAUUGUUACUCUCAGGGGGAUACUCCAUUACUGCCUCAUCCAGUUGAAGCUGGUGUUAUUUGUGCUGCUCCAAUCCUGAGAGGAUGGUACAGAGCUCAAGUGAUAUGUGUGUAUGAAAAUGGAGCUGAAUGUGGUAUAAAAUUUGUAGACUAUGGCGGCUUUUCUCAAGUUUCCCCUGCAUCACUUCGACAAAUCAGAAGUGACUUUAUGACUCUUCCAUUUCAAGCAUCAGAAUGUUACUUAGCAAAUGUGAGACCAAUUGACCGUUCUGGAUGGUCUGCUGAGGCAACUGCUACUUUUGAAGAGUUAGCACAAGGGCAAAUUUUGCAAGCUGUUUUGGUAGAGUAUGCUGAUGAUGGUGUUCCAUGUGUUCAUUUAUAUAAGGUGCAAGGAGUUUCAAAUAUGUUUAUUAACAGAGAAUUGGUGGAUCGAGGUUUAGCUGUUUGGAUAGAUAAUCACUGGGAUCCUCACUGAUUAGUUUUGUUAAGCUUGGAAUGCCUUCUAAAUUCUUCUGUAUCCUAGGUGAUUGACAAUGAAGACUGUAGUUUACUGCUAAAGUCUGAAAAGCGCGCUUUUGUAGGUGUUAAUGGAAGACAAAGCAUUUAUGAGCUAGUUUAGUGAGAUUUUUUUUUAUCACUAAAUAUUUUUUCCUUCAAAGAAUUAUUUCUGUAAUAUUUUUAAUUGUGUUCAUUUAAAAAAAAAUGUUUGAUGUUUGAAUAUAAUGUCCAUAUACCCUCUACGUAAUGAGAAGAAUCUUAUUUUUUCUGAUAGCUAUUUCUAUAUGAAAAUAAAUUAGUGCUUCAACUCUUCACAAGUGUUGUUACAUUGAUGUUUCAACUUUUAAAUGAUAUUUUGAACUCGUAAAAAUGUUCAAAAGGUUGCUAUCAUUUGAAUGCUUUUAAAAUCGCUUCAUUUUUUAAACCUUGUAAUAAUCAUAUUAUUCUGCUGCUUAUUUCUAUGUUGAUUUAAAAUCUAAAUUGUAAAAUUUGUAAAGCUAAAGCAAACUGUUGUAAUAAUUUGUUUAAAUCAUUUUUCAGUUGUGCUGUCAGGAGGGGGAGGCUUUUGUUUACAUUUAAGAAACUUAGAUGUUGGUAAUGCAAAAUAUACUCCGUUGUUCCUUUAUCUGGAAAAUAGCUGAAAAUAAACAAAAACAAACCAACUAGCAUUUAUUCAUUUUAGUAUAGUUAUUUAAGAUGAUUUAUUUGAAUGUUUAUUUCAAGAAUUUAUUUGUUUUUGUCAACUUGAGUUCUUUGUUAAAUUCUACUUUUGGGAAAAAUUUCCUGACUAAAGGCCAGAAACUUAAAUUUCCAGAAAAUAUGCGCUUAAUUGUUCAAUGUUUCAUUUGUUUUCAAAGUAAAAUAUUUCCAAUGUUGAAAGAAGUUGAGCAGAAAAUAAUAUAAAACUAAUACAAAACUUAUAAUUUUGGAAGAAGAUCUCCCAGCUGCUAACUGUUUAGAGAAAUGAUUAUCAACAAUAGUAAAAGCACUAAAAUUUAAAAAUAUUAAUGAGAUGAAAUGGCUUGCACAAUCCAUGUGCAGAAGUUUGAAACUACAUUUCAAAAAUAAAAACAGCAAUAUAUGCUACAAAUCAAUGUUUAAAAGUGCAACUAUUACCACUUAAUUUCUUUUCUUUUUCUUUUUUUUUGAAAACUACACUUUGUUUCAUUAGUCACGUUGAUCAUACUACUGUUAUUGCUAUUAACAGUAUGCAACUGUGUAUGUUUUAAGUGAUUAAAUUAUUUCUUGACUGUCAUUAUUUUAACUGUGUAACUGUACUGCAGAAGUGUAAUCUGUGUUUGAAAAUAGUUGAUUUUGGAGCAGAUCAAAAGCAUCUUGUGAAAAGGCAUAUUUUUCAUUGAAAUAUUUUUUUUUAAUGAGACAUUUGUUUGCUGUAGUUUGAAUUGUUCACUGCUUUAACUAUUUAACAGUAAGUUAUUGCAUUGCUAAGCCAUGGCUUAACAAUGCAAUGGCUAAGCCACAUGCAAUAUAUAUUGCAUGUGCUUAAAUUACAUAAAUAAAACGUGACAAUAUUUAACAAAAAGUAGAAAUUGCUCUUUGGAAAAGAUCCAUUGGAUGAAAAAAUAGGCCUAAAAACUUUCAAAAUAUUCAAAAACAAAGGUUCUCAAAUGAUCUAAAAAAUAAUGAAUGUUACCCUUCAAAAGAAAAAAAACAGCUAAAAUAGCAAAAAAUGCAUUUAUCAUCAUCUUAGACCUGGGUAUCAAAAGUUCUCCUCCUUCCCCCAGUUAUAUCACACUGAUGCUUACACCCAAAAUCCUUUUGAAAAAGCAUUUGUAUAUUGUGUAUAAGUAUUUUUCUCUUUGUGUUUUGAUUUUCUGUAUGUCUAUUCCAGAAUAUGCAACACUAUCAUGUGUAGCUUAAAAUAAAUAGGAGGCAUUUUCAUUUUGCUCAAUAAUAAUUUUUCAUAUCAUUUUGACUGUUGUGUUUGUUUGUAUAAAGUUAAAAUAUGUUUUAAUAUUUUCAUUGCUGUGUAACGAAUGAUGCAGUGUUUAAUUAGAAAUGAACACAAAACCCCAAAAUCAGAUGACAAUUGUAAAAAAUACAAAUUUUUAUGAAAUAUGUUUGUGCUAACCAGGGUUGGCAAGUUUCUUCUGAAGCAGGGAAAAAAUAUAGGACAGAAGAGUUUUCUUGCAAAUGCAAGAAAUAGAAGAAACUUAACGUGUUAAGAACAAACCAUAUAAAAUGCAAUAUUGUGAAAUAAAGAAAAUUUAUUUUCAAAAUCAAAAUUAAAUACAUAUAAUUAGACCUAUAAGCAUAAAUUACACAAUAUAAACUUCCAGUUAAAAUAUGUAUUUCUACUAUCAUCAACAGUUCAAACCACAGAUUUUUUAAUCUUUUUAUAAAAUGUAAUUACCAAUUUACUCUGCUCAAAUACUCUUUUGAUUUGUCGUAUCUGAUGAUUGAUUCAAUAGAUGAUUGGUAUUCAAUAAUGUAAUAUUUCGAUUUGUGUAGUAUAAUUUGCCAAGCAGAAAUUUUGUUGGUUGUGAACAAUGAUUAAAAAUCAGGAAUAGGGUGUUUGAUCACCUAAAAAUUCUUUUUAAAUGUCUUCAAAAUGAGCAAAUAAAAGCCUCUAAAGGUUGACAAAAAUGACCUCAAAAUGAUAAGUAAUGCCCUAUAAAUUUACAAAAAAAAGUGUUUUAUGUUGCUUCUUUAUGUUUUAAAUCAUAACUUAUUUUUUUAUAAAUACAAGUAAAAAUAUGCUUGUAUUAUAACUUUAUUUUAAAAAAUAAAAAUUAAAAUAGUAGUGCAAUUUUUGAAUUUCUUGCUUCAACCUUCAGGAAAAUCAGAGUGACAUUGUAUCAUCAAAGAUUUUUUCAUUUUCUUAAAAAGAAACUAUUUUUCAAAAGCAGUUUCUUUUCCCCCUUAGUAACUGCUUUUUCUGUUUCAAAUUUUGCUUUUUCUCCUGUUAAAAUGCCAGAAGUUUGCUUGAAAAUAUGAAAGCCCAAAUUUCUUUUUCAACAAAAUGCUUUUAAAAAUAAAAUAAAAAUCAUGAAUAAUGCCUCAGAAAUGAAAAAUCCCCAAAAUGAAAAAAAAAAAAAAGCAUUUAAUCAACAUUUUAGCCAUGCUAAUGAUAAUGUAUUUUUAGGCCAAUUGUUGGAUAAUUUCCUAAACAACUUGUAAAACUCUUCAUUUACAAAAUUGUAAAACUACUCCCUCCUUAAACAUCAGCAGCAAUGCCUGUAAUAUACCUGAAUUUAUCAAUUGUCUGAAAAAUCUACUCUAUUAAAUAACUAUUCUUGGAAUAUAUUUGCGCUAAUUUAAUAUUUAAACUUUUAACAACUGUUUUGUUUUCUGUUAGUUUCACCCUGUUUCUUCCACUGUCCUAGAAAAAAUCUUUUUCUUCUGAAGGAACCCAACCCUGGCAUUGACCAAAGACUAAAUUAUUUAACCAAGUUUUAACAAAAGUUAUUGGAAAAUUAAAUUCUGACUGUAAAGAAUUUUAAUAUAUAAAAUGCUUCAGACUUUUCUUUUGCCAAUAGAAAGCCUAAGGUACCAAAUCGAUUUCAAAGAAUUUUCAGAAGUAACUCUAUCUGCAUGAGAGGGGGGGGGGGCACUUGUUUCGCUGAAUUCUAAGUUUUUCACAUUGUUCCAUCUUAAAUCAUACUUUUAGCUUAUUUGCAGGAAAACUAGAUUUUCCUUUGUACCUCUACAAUCAAAAUUAUGCAUUUUAUAAUACUUUUGUUUACUUAUCUAGUCACUUCACUGAAACUUUUACAAAAGCAUAUAUUAUUUAACCUUUGGGAGUAUUAAACUUUUACUUUUUUGUUUGUGCCCAAUAUGCUAUGUUUUGAAUGAUUUGUUUGCAACAUAUUCUGAUUUACCUCCACACAAUAUUUAUGUCCUUUUAUAUAAUAUUGAAAAUCAAUUAUUCUGUUAUACAACUCAUUGGAACUUUUAGGCACAAUUGCCUAUUGCAAUAUUUUGCUGUAAUAAAUGAUAA